UAUAUGCUUUGAACACAAAGAAUGAUGAACAUGAAGCUGCUAUUCAAGCUCUCAAGGAUGCUCAUGAAGAAGAAAUCCAACAAAUCCUUGCAGAAACUAGAGAAAAAAUUAUGCAGUAUAAAAGCAAAGUUUCUGAAGAAAUAGAUCUGAAACGAAAGAUCCAGGUUUUAGAAGAGUCAUUGGAAGAUCAUAAAAAGAUGAAGCAUCAAGCUUUAACUGAAUUUGAAGCUUAUAAGGACAGAGUUGAGGAUAUGCAACUUUGUGCAGAAGCUCAACAUGUUCAGCGUGUGGUAACUAUGUCACGGGAAGUAGAAGAAAUAAGAAAGAAGUUUGAAGAGAGAUUGAGAAAUUUUAUACAGUUACAAGUACAGUUUGAGAAGGAUAAACGCUCAGCACUUGAAGAGCUGAGAACUGCACACAGACUUGAGGUCCAAGAACUUAUGAAAACCCACCAGAAUCAGAAUGCUACUUUAAGCAAGGGACAGGAAAAGUUAGAAGAAUUGCACAGGCGGGAUGUAGAAGAAUUGAAUGCCAAAGUUGAAGAGCUAAGAGUGGAAAGAAAAAAACUAAUUGAGGAGUAUGAAGGUAAACUCAGCAAAGCUCAAUCUUUCUAUGAACAUGAACUUGAUACUAUGAAAAGAUCACAACUGUUUACAGCUGAAAGCUUGAAAGCUUGUAAAGAGAAAGAGGUGGAACUAAGAAAGGAAUUUCAAAGUCAAGAAUCUGUUCUACGAAAAAACCUAGGGAAGCUUAAAACUGAAUUGCAGAUGGUACAGGAUGAAGCAGGCAGUCUACGAGAAAAAUGUCAAAAGCUUCAAGUAGCACUCAGCACAGCAGAAAAUAAUGUACAGGCAUUUCAAAAACAGCUAGAGGACGUCAAAGAAGAGGAAAUGUCAUUGUUAAGUAAACACAAGGAGGUUGAAAGUGAGCUAGCAGCUGCUAGAGAACGUUUACAGCAACAGGCCACAGACCUAGUACUAAAAGCCAGUCAUAUUGGGAUGCUUCAAGCUACUCAAAUGACCCAGGAAGUUACAAUAAGAGAUUUGGAAUCAGAAAAAUCUAGAUUGAAAGACAAACUGUCUCAGCUGGAAGAAGAAAGAAAUAUGUUACAAAGUAAAACACAAAGCCUAGAUGAGCGACAAAGACAACAAAUUCUUGCACUGGAAAAGAAAGUGAAUGAAGCAAGGGAAACACAACGGGAAUAUUAUGAGAAGGAGCUGAUAAAACUGCAAGCAAGGCUGGAAGGGGAGGCUGCACAACUAAAUGAGGCUCAUUCUAAGACCUUGGAGGAGUUGGCAUGGAAACAUCAUACUGCUCUUGAGGCAGCACAUGCUAGUGCUAUGAAGGAGAAAAAGAAGAUGCAAAUGGAGCUAGAGCAGCAAUUUGAAAAAGAAAAGCAACACUUUGAAGAUGAGAAGAAUCAGCUUCGACAGCAGUUGGAAAACAUGAGAGAAGAACUUACAACUAAGCUGACCUCAUCUAAUCAAGAGAUGGGCCGUCUACAAGACCUGGUAAGAAAAAGUGAGCAGGGUCUUGGUACAGCAGAAGGACACAUCUCCAGUCUUCAGGAAACUCAGGAAAUACUGCAGAAAGAGCUGGAGUUAACCAGGGCAAGACUGAGAGAGACCACAGAUUCACUGUAUAAUGUUGAGGGAGAACUAGACCAGGAACGACAACAGCAUGAGGCAAUGAUUGUGGCCAUGAGAGAAGAGGAGAAAUUCAAAGUUGACAGAAUGGCCCGUGAUCUGGAAAUAAAAUGGACAGAGAAUCUUCGGCAGGAAUGUACUAAACUUCGAGAAGAGUUGAGGCUUCAGCAUGAAGAAGAUAAAAAGUCAGCAAUGACUCAGCUCUUACAACUAAAGGAGAGAGAGAAAAAUGCUGCCAGAGACAGCUGGCAAAAGAAAGUGGAAGAUCUCUUGGAUCAGAUCUCCCUGCUAAAGCAGAACUUGGAAAUGCAGCUUUCCCAGUCUCAGACAUCAAUGCAGCAGCUGCAGGCACAGUUUAGUCAGGAGCGACAGAGGCUGGCCCAAGAAAUUGAAGAGCUGGAAGAAGAGCAUCAGCAGAGGCAUAAAUCCAUGAAAGAAGCCCAUAUUCUUGCAUUUCAGAAUCUAGAAGAAACAAAACAACAAAAACAAAAGGAACUAGAGGAAUGUUUACAACAAAAGCACUCAGAAGAACUUCAGGCACUGAAAGAAGCUCACAGACAAAGUAUGGAUGCUUUCAAACUGGAAAUGGAACAGGAACUGCAGACUCUUCGCUUCGAAUUGGAAGAUGAAGGAAAAGCUAUGUUAGCAUCUUUGCGUUCAGAAUUAAAUCAUCAGCAUGCAGCAGCAAUUGAUCAACUAAGACAUAACCAUCAACAGGAACUAACAACUGCUAAAAUAGAACUGGAAAGAAGUAUAGAGCUCAAUAGGCAUCAGGAAAAAGAAUUUGUGCGCCGGAUCUCAGAUCUGCAGGAUGAACUGAGGCAUCGAGAUCACCAUAUAUCAGAACUGGAUAAGGAAAUACUUGCUUUGCAUGAGAAUAUAAGUGCACUAACCAAGGAACUGGAGUUCAAAGGAAAAGAAGUUCUCAGAAUACGAAGUGAAUCUAACCAGCAGAUCAGGCUGUAUGAACAAGAUUUAAACAAGAAACAUGAGAAAGAGCUGGAUGUCAUGACAGCAGACCACAUCAGAGAGAAACAAAGCAUUCUGGCAGAUUUUAAUAAGACUCAAGAGCUGCUCAAGGAAAUUAAUUCAGCUUUGCAAGUUUCUUUAGAAGAAAUGGAAGAAAAGUAUCAAAACAGAGAAUCAAGACCAGAAGACGUGCAGCUUAUUGCUGAGUUGAAAGACCUUAUCACUGAGAGGGAUCAACUGAUAAAGAAACUGAUUGAUGACAAAAAAUUCUAUCAGCUGGAACUAGUCAAUAGGGAGACUAACUUCAACAAAGUGUUUAAUGCAAGUCCUAAUGUUGGUGUUAUUAAUCCUCUGGUGAAGCAAAAGAAGAAGAAUGAUAAAUCAGCAAACAGGUUUGUGAGUGUCCCCAAUCUAAGUGCUCUGGAAUCUAGCGGAGUGGGCAAUGGACAUGCUAAACGCCUGGACCCUAUUCCUAAUUCACCCAUCCACGAUAUUGAGUUCAACAGCAGCAGACCACUUCCACAGCCAAUACCACACAAAGAGCCCAAGACGGUUUUGAGCCCUCCUCAGAAUGAAGCUUCUCCAGUGGCUUCACCAGAUCCGCAACGCCAGGAAUGGUUUGCCCGUUACUUCACGUUCUAAGAGAUUAUUUUGUGUGUGGCACAGCGUGGUGUGGACUGUUCAUAAGAGCAUGACUUUAAAAUAAAUCCUUAUGUGAACAAGCUUCCCUGUAAUAUGUCAAACACUGUGAAUGAGAAAGUAUUUGUCUCUGAUUUGAAAAUGCACUGUAUUUUAUGUGAUAUUUGUUGGAAUCACUCGACAUGGUAAUAUAAAUGUGCUUAAUGACACUUAUUUUUAUUUUAAAAAUAUUUAAACUUUGUAAUUAUUGCAUAAUAAAUUUUCAUAGAAGAAAAUUACAGCUUCCUUCCGCUUUUCCUAUAAAUACAUAUUUUCUUUGGUUCAGGACAGGCUUUCCUCUCUUGUUGCCCUCCCCAGAUGCAAUCAAUUGCAUGGUUAUUGUAUACAAAAUAAACUGGCAACAGUUUUUAAACAAUCAGACUGUGGCAAUAUUUAAAUCCCUUAAUUUUUAUUUAGUUAUCUUGUAGAACUGACUUUGAAAAUUGUGUUUACUCUAAAAGUGUUGAAGAAUGCAGAAUAAAUAAGCAUAUAGUAGUAUAGCAGAUGGCCUUUAGAACUGAGUGAAUUUAAGAGCAGGUUGUGUUUUUUUUAAGGCAUCCUUAUUUCUUCUCUACAAUUGAUCUGCCCUCUAGGAAUUAUAAUUACUACAUUUUAUUGUUGAAUUUCAUCUAAAUUUUGGCAUAAAUAUUUUAUAAAUACUUACAAUGCUCUUUAGAAGAUUUUGGGGUACUACACUAUGUCAUGCUGUGUAAGCGAAGAAUAAUUUAUGGAAAUCUGCAUUUUGAGGACAUUAUCAUCCUUUGGACAAAACUUGGGCUUUACAGAAAAAAUAGUGCUAAAUCAGUUAUACAUAACAAACCAUGUAAAUUGUUCAUUAGAGCUCCAGCAUACUUAAUUUGCAAGGGGAAAUGUUCCUUUUUCCAUUACAAACUUAAGACUGGGACCAUGUGACCUUUUUCAUACAGAAAGUGAACUUCAUUUUCCACUCUGUUACACCUGUCUUACAGUUGUAAAAGUUAUCUCCAGAGAAGAUGUAUUUCACUGGCAAAUCUGGUUUAUAUACUUUUGUUGAUGCUGUUGUUGUUAAUUCCAAGAUUACCACAAUGUAAUCAACACUGGUAAUCUCAGGGAGAAUUUUUUCUUUGUUUUAUGAAUGUACAUUAAGAUUUGAUCUUUGUAUCUUUAAAGGGGGGAAGGGGGAGAUUGCUUGGUUAUUUUAAAUAAGAUUUUUAUCCUUAGAUACUAAACAUAGCUCUUCAUUAUCUGCUGAAGUCCUGACUAUGUCUUCCCGUUAUACAGGAGCAUAAUAAUCAAAGGUACCGUCACUAGUUAAAAUAAUAAGUUUUAUAUUUAGCAUAUGUAUAAAAGAAUAAUUUGUAUGUUUUCAUAUAAAAAUAUAAAAUAUUCUAAAUCAAAAAUUUAAAAAUAUAUCUCCUGUAAACUCAACCUGAAAGCUUCACUGGAAGCACUGUUCUAAUGAUCUGCUGCUACUCUAAAGCAGUCCUUGGCAGAUACUCUAUGGUUUAUGGAUUUAACUGUAAGUAUACGCAGCCUUUACACUAGAAGAAAGCCAUAUUGAAUCAAAGUCAGAUUUCUUGGCUGUUACAUGAAAUAAAACACACUGGAUAAUUUUGCUA